AUGGGCCUGCACCUCGGUGGCCUGAGUGUGGGUGACUUCCAGAAGGUGCUCAUGAAGACGGGCCUGGUGCUGGUGGUGCUGGGCCACGUGAGCUUCAUCACAGCCGCAUUCCUCCACGGCACGGUGCUGCGCUACGUGGUCACCCCCCGCGACGCCGUGGCUCUGCAGUACUGCGUGGUCAACAUCCUCUCGGUCACUUGCACCAUCGUGGUCAUCACCGCAGGCAUUGCAGCCAUUGUGUUGUCACGGUACCUCCCCAGCAACCCUCUGCGCUGGAUGGUGUUUAGCUCGAGCAUGGCCUGUGCUCUUCUCUCUCUGACCUGUGCCCUUGGCCUCUUGGCCUCCAUCGCCGUGACCUUUGCCACCCAGGGCCGGGCACUGCUGGCUGCCUGCACUUUUGGGAACCCUGAACUCCUGGCGCUGGCACCCGACUUUCCCUUUAACCCCACACGCAUUUACAGCUCCGGCCUGUGUCUCUGGGCCAUCGCGCUCGUGCUGUGCCUGACCGAGAGCGUGUUUGCCGUGCGCUGCGCGCAGCUCACCCACCAGCUGCUAGAACUGAGGCCCUGGUGGGGGAGAAGCAGCCACUACACGAUGCAGGAGAGCCCAGAGCCCACCGAGGGCAAUGACCUGCUGAGCUGCACCAGCUCCGUGCCGCUGACCCUCUGAGAGUGGAGGCCUCGCC